UUAGAUCGAUGUGUUUCAAGUCCAAUUUUUGCUUUAAGGACAUUUAGCACGUAAUGCUUACGAAGAGGACGUGUCUACAUCGCGUACAGUGUCGUGCCAUUUAUGUUCAAACGAUCCGCACAAGAUCAAAACUUUGUGCAUGAGCAGAAUGAGAUCACAAAAACAAAGCGUUUAAAACAACUCCCUAGAAUGUUCCUCUCUCAGCUACGGGAUUCCUGAUUGGCUGCCUGGCGCUUCGCUACGCACCAGCCCACUUCCUACACAGCGCAAAGUUGUAUUUUAACUCCUUUUGGCCCUGUGUGUGUACGUUCUCACCGCAAACCAUGUGAUUGUUUGAGCUUGUCUAAGCUUUGCAGCCUUGACAGGGCUUCCUUUAUCUGCCCGUGUCCCCAGUCAUACUGGAAAAGAUUGGAAUGCCAUAGCAGAAUCCAGACACCAGUCAUAACACUCUGGUUUGGAAGAGAUUGACGCUGAACAGUUUCUGCUGACAGCAAGAGACGGUAGGAGCUGGAGAUGUUUUCCGUCACUGCCACAAUGCUCCGUCGAGGAGCUUUGAGAUACAGUCAGUGCACCAUGGCAACCGUUGUCUCUGGCAACAAGACCUCACAACAGGUGAGAGAGCGACUCAGAACUGAGAUAGCAGAGAUGAGCAGUCAGUUUCCAGGCUUCAGGCCAGGCCUGGUUGUGCUGCAGGUCGGGGACAGAGAUGAUUCGAACCUCUACAUCAGCAUGAAGCUCAAGGCAGCGGCCGAGAUUGGAAUCAAUGCGAGCCACAUUAGGCUUCCCAAGACAGCCACGGAGGAUGAAGUUUUGCGUUGCAUAAUCGCAGUCAACGAAAACCCGGCAGUCCACGGUCUCAUCGUGCAACUGCCUCUCGAUUCCUUUUAUCCAAUUGACACAGAAAAAGUGACCAACGCUGUUGCCCAAGAGAAAGAUGUUGAUGGCCUGACCAGUAUAAAUGCAGGGAAGCUGUCUCGAGGAGACCUGAGGAACUGUUACAUCCCAUGCACUCCUAAUGGGUGUUUGGAGCUCAUCAGUCAGACCGGUGUGGCUGUAUCUGGGAAGAAUGCUGUCGUGAUUGGCCGCAGUAAGAUUGUUGGAGCUCCAAUGCACGAUCUGCUCUUAUGGAAUCAUGCUACAGUGACCACCUGUCACUCCAAGACUAUUGACCUUGCUGAACAGGUGGGCAGAGCAGACAUAUUGGUUGUGGGUGCUGGCAAAGCUGAGAUGGUGAAAGGAGAGUGGGUGAAGGAGGGGGCGGUGGUCAUAGAUUGUGGCAUCAAUCAUAUAACAGACAGCAGUAAACCCAGUGGGAAACGUGUAGUGGGAGAUGUGCACUACUCGUCAGCUGUACAGCGAGCUGGAUACAUCACUCCAGUGCCUGGUGGAGUCGGACCCAUGACUGUAGCCAUGCUGAUGAAGAAUACAGUGCAAAGUGCAAACCGGUUUCUGCAGACACACAGGCCUGGGAAGUGGAACAUUGUCUACACAAAGGUGAAACCCCGAAAGCCUCAGCCAAGUGUCAUUACAAUCUCCCGUUCGUGUCCGGCCAAACCAAUCGCUCAGCUUGCGAGAGAGAUGGGUCUGUUUUCUGAGGAAGUGGAGCCAUAUGGCAAGAGCAGAGCUAAGAUACAACUGGGUGUUCUUAAACGCAUGGAGAACCAGCCUGAUGGGAAAUAUGUGGUUGUCACUGGAAUUACUCCUCCUCCAGUGGGUGAGGGAAAGCGUACCAUGGCUCUUGGGUUGGCUCAGGCCUUAGGAGCCCACUUGAACAUUAACGCUUUUGCUUGCGUUCGAGAGCCUUUUCCUGGAUUCUGUUUUGGUGCCAAAGGGUUUGCUGUUGGAGGCGGAUACUGUCAGGUUGUUCCGUUGGAUGAGGUCAGCCUUCAACCUUUUGGACAAUAUGAGGCCGUUUCUAGUGCCAGCAGACUGGUGAUGGACGCGGUCAAAGCACAUCCUCACUAUGAGACCAAGCUCUCGCAAAAGGCUUUGUUUGAUUGGAUGGUUCCUCUCAGAGAAGGUCAAAGGUCGCUCUCCACAGCCCAGCUUAGCCGACUGAAGAAACUGGGCAUUGAGAAAUCUGACCCCUUGACCUUCACAGAGGCCGAGAUAAGACGUUUUGUCCGAUUGGAUAUUGACGCAGAUACUGCAGCAGAUUGUGACUUUUUGGGAAAUGAGAUCAUGGCUAUACUGUCACUAAGCAGCGCUGAGGAGGAUCUGAAACAGAGGCUGUCUAGGAUAGUAGUAGCUACAAACAAAUCUGGAGAUCCUGUCACCACAGAGGAUUUGGAUGUCAGUGGUACAUUGGCCAUGCUUUUGAAAGAUGCACUGAAACCUGUCCUGAUGCAAACGGUGGAGGGUACACCAGUGUUUGUUCACACCAGCCCAUUAGCUGACAUUGCCCAAGGCUACACUUCAAUCCUGGCAGACAAAAUGGCCCUAAAAUUGGUUGGAAGUGAAGGAUUUGUAGUCAGCGAGUCUGGUCAUGGUGGUGACGUGGGCUUGGAGAAGUUCUUCAACAUUAAAUGCCACUACUCAGGCCUGAAGCCAGAUGUGGUGGUGAUGGUGGCUAAUGUUCGUACCUUGAAAAUGCAUGGCAGUGCCCUCCCUAACCUCAAACAGCUUGAAAAAGGAUGUUUUCACCUGAAGAAACAGGUGGAGAAUGCAAAAGCCUUUGGCUUGCCGGUGAUAGUAGCCGUCAAUACAUUCAGCUGUGAUACUAAUGCUGAGCUGGAGCUGGUGUGUAGCCAUGCAAAGCAGGCUGGAGCUUUUGAUGCAGUGCAGUGCACUCACUGGUCUGAGGGGGGCGCUGGAGCGCUGACUCUGGCUAAGGCUGUUCGGAGAUCAGCAAAACUACCUGGCCAGUUCAAGUUCCUCUAUGACUCACAGAUACCAGCUGAUGGUAAGUUAAGAACUGUGGCAAAGCAGAUGUAUGGAGCGAAGGACAUAGAGCUGUCACCAAAAGCCAUGGAGAAGCUUGCACUUUACACAAAACAGGGCUUUGGGAAUUUGCCGGUCUGCAUAGCCAAGACACACCUGUCCUUGAGUAAUGAUCCCAAGCUGAAAAGAGUGCCCUCGGACUUCAUCCUGCCCAUUACAGAUGUCAAAGCCAAUGCUGGAGCUGGUUUCCUCUAUGCUUUGACUGACUCGGUGAGCUCAUGUUAUUCAUAAAAAAAUGAAAAUGUGUAGAUAUUCCAGAUAAACCAUCAUUUCAUAUCUCAAGCAAAAAGCAUUAGGUUAGUUUUAAGACUAAUGAUAACUAGCUGAACUUACACACUGAAGAUUAAACAAAACUAUAUUUGAAAUGAGCCCUUUAUCACCUCUACUUAGAUUUUCUGACACUGCAUGGGUCAAUUCUGUUCUAUCUUCUUUCGUCAGCCACUCGUUGAGUCAGUCUACACCCUAGAAAUAGAGUAGAAUGAGACAAUAUUUGGUCACGCAUGUUGUAGAUAUUUUUAUCCGGACACGUUGCUAGGCUGCAUGCCUGUGCGAAAAUGAGCUGUUCAACAAAAGCCACUGGUGGUCCAAGUGACCUUACCCACCAUCUAUGUUCAUUACAGAUAACACAUGCAAGUCAGUUUGUGUAAUUGUUCUAUAAUUGCGUAGGUGCUAUUUUCAUAUACAGUUAUAUUAACCUCAAACAUAGUAGUCACUUUGUUUUCUUUAGCUUGACUUUUUUAUUUUGUUUAUUUCUUGAGCUUGCUUUCGUCUUAAAACAUUAUUAGCAGUAUUAGGUUGCUGUAGCUAAUUCUGCUUCCUUCACCAUAGCUAAUUUCUUGACUCUCCAACAGAUAAAUACAGAAACGGGAUGAUCCCAUGUGGCCCUGUUUCCAUGGCAACAACCUUUUACAGUGACUGCAAGUAACUCAAUGAUUACUUGCGCUAAGAUAGGUUUAAUUAAUGAUCAAUUCAACUUUUAAUGUGUUCACAGAAGUAGAAGUAUUAUGAAAGCUCAAGAAGACUCUUUAGACUAAUGAAAUCAUCAAAUUGGCCAUGGCAUCACCGUGUGGUUACUUGGAUUUCAGGUGUGGUCACUCAUUCCUGCGUUAAACCCCUCUAUGCGCUGUCAUAUGUUGUCGAGUUGUAUGUUUUGUUUAGUACAUGAUUUACUGUUUCAGUUUAUUAUCUGUAUAAUAUUUGCAAAUUAACAAGUGUUUAUGCUUUAUAUUAUAGUGGUUAUUCAGUUUAGAUCCCAGUUCAUUCACAGUGUUGCCUGAACCGUUGACAUUUCUUGAAACCAUAGAUGUUGUGCCAUGACCAAGCCAUAGCAACAUAGAUCUUAUGAAAAGAGCUAAAUGUGUUGCCAUUUAUUUUUAAUUAAGUGUAACAUCUGUCAUAAAAGAUUAUUGUUUGUCAGUCAUUUUGAUAGGUACUUUUAGAUAUAGAUGAUGUCACAUUGAUUUAAUAGCUCUCUCACUCUCUCUGCCUCUCAAAUAAAAUCUUAGCUUUGACCAGUUGAUAUAGAUGCUGUACUGGUUGUAGUCUAAAAUUAGAUAAUUGUAUAUUUUUCUAGUUUAUUUUUAGUCUCAUUUCAAGACACACAUUACCCAGCAGCCACUGCUGCUGCCCAAUGGUCAUUAUUUGCUGUCAAAUUGUCCUCUACAGACAUAUAGGGCUGUGAUGAUGGGAAAAUAGCUGUGUGGUUGAGGGGCUAAGAUGAAACAAAGGUGUUUAAGUCAGUCUUUCUUAUUUGGACCAUAUUGGACCAAUAUCCUGGUUUAAAAGAGAUGUCAAAAGAGAAAUACUAUCACAUUUGUUUUAUGUUAUACUUCAACUGUAAGCCUAUAAUUUGUGCAAAAGUAUUGGCGACAUAAUACCUUAUAGUAUAGAAUAAGAUGUUUUUGCAUUCGAUUGUUACAUCACAAAUGUGUGAAUUUAGUGAAGUAUUUUUAAUUAGUUAAUUUUAAGCUUUAGAAAAUGUACACAUUUGCAAAUAGGCUACUAUUAAAUUUAUUGUCACCUUUGUAUCUCCGUUCUGAAGGAAAACCCCCAAAUAAAAGGUAUUAUCAUGUUUAACAUAUUUUUGUUUUGAUUAAGUGUUAAAUUGGUCUGUCAGUUUGUGCGCAUGAAAAUAGACCUGUUUGUUAAAUCAGAUACUUGGGGUUGAGCAAUAUAAUGUGGUCCAUUCUCUGUGAACUCUGCCUAAAUAAUCUGGUAGCCUAGUUUUUGGUAAGUGCUUUGCAAGUAACUUUUUCCUUUCAGGGGACGUUUCCUCCAGACCUCCAGGACUAAACGUGACUGAGCAUUAGCAUUGGUGACUAUUGUGUCUGUCAUUUAUAUUUUAGUGGAUCAUGCAGUUCCUCUUCUAAGCAAAGUUUGAAAGAGUAAGCAAAGUUUGCUUUGCUUUCGAUAUUAAAAAGAUCUAACAAAACGGUCCGUAAGGAAAUUGCUGUUGAUGGUAAAAGGCAACCUGAGAGAAUUAGCUAGCAAGUUAUAUUUGCACAUACAAUAUUAGCAAACAUCAAGCAAGGUAACGGAUGAGAAUUAAAUCUAAUGUCCUGCUUAUCUUGGACAUUUCAUUGUGUUCUAUUUUAGUAGGCCAUAUAAUUAUACAUUUCGAGUUGAACUUGUCAGUCAUAUGCAGUAUAAAAUUAAAACUACAAAUAAUAUUCUACUAUUAGUAACCUGUUUUGCAUAUCUACACUGCGUGCAUGCAAUUAUGAACACGAAGGCGAUGUUUCACUAUGUCUUAAAGGCUAGUGAAAGUGAAAUAUUUCUCUGCCAAUAUAAAACCAUAAUGUGAAGUUGCAUGGCGAGGUUUCGCAGUGAUACCAAUAGCAUCUAAUCAUUGGCAGAGCGGUACUGGAUGACUGGGUGACAGACACGCUCACAUAAGCGUCAAUCAGAUGGUCUCUAUGGCAACAGAUUGUGCGUAACCGGCUGAGUGACUGGGAGCUGCAGUCUCAGCGCGCGGUAGAUCUGCGAGUGGUUUUAUAAAUCUCAUCGUCCUCUUUCAGCUGACAGUUUACCUGUGCGCUUUCCAGAGUUGUCAUAUAACGUGAGUGGAAAACAACGUCCGAUUAUGUAAUCGUUCCAAUAUUGCCAUUGCGGACUACUGUUGACUUUGGUAGUGUUUGUUCAACCAUGUCCACACAAG